CCCCCCCCCCCCCCCCAAUACAUCCUUUGAUUGCAUUUCUUGGAGCCUCACGUCUUUUUCUUUUCUCUGCCUCUGAUUUCAUCUAUCUAUUUCUUUCUACUGAGAACCUUAGAAAAGCAAGAUUGAAUAUUGCAGGGAAAAAAAAGAAAAAAAAAGAACAAGAAGGGGUUGAAUGGAAACAACCGCUAUACGGAGCGGGGCUGGAUGGAGCGAGACAUACAGUGACAAGAUCAUAAGAUUCAUACAAACAUUACUUUUAUGUGGUACGAUUAGUAUAGGAACGAUAUCCUGGUUCAGUAUACGUCAGAUGGCUUUACUUUUCUUUUCGCAUGUCACCUUGGGAUAUCCCAAUGACGAUCCGUGGGAUAGAUGUACAGACCAUGUGAUGAGUGUUUCAAAUCUUCCAGUUUUAAUUCUAUACACAGUCUAGAAGCAGCGUUCAUGGACGGAUAACCGGAAGGAAUGUAAUUCUCUGGUAUA